UCCUAUGUGAAUGCAUUACGCGGUCCCUAACUGUGGGCUGGUUUCCCAGAGAGAACCGGUGUCCUAGAUCUCCCCGGAAAACUCUCCUCAGACCGGGUUUCCUGGCUGUGGGCCAGGGAGAGUCAGCAGUGAGCAGCGCAGCGGCGGGCGCCACAGCCAGGCAUCCCUGGAACCUCCCAGGCGUCACACUCCUCAGCCAGUUCUGCUCACCUGUGAAUCUGAACUAAGAGCCCUGGAUGGUGAAGAGAGGAAACUGUAGCAAAGGAUCCAGGGUCUGUUAAUAUUCAUGAAUGUGGCUGUGGAAUACCCAUAGGAUGAAUAGGAGUAUUUAGACUCAGCCCAGAGGACAUUGUACGUAUAUGUGAUGCUGGAGAAUUAUAGCCAUCUAUUCUUUGUAGGAUUCCAGUCAGAAACUUAAAGAAGAACAAGAAGAAAGAUGAAUGCUUCUCUAGUAAAUACUCCCCAGCCUGUAGAGUUCAGAAGAGAUCAUUGGAUUUCAAAAACUUGGAUGAGAAAUCUGUUAUGAAGUUUCAGGCAGGUGCUGGGAAACAACUUUGGAUUAUAGAAUCUAAACUGCAGACAAAUUUUCAAAUAAUGUUAUGAUGGUAAGACCUUUACCUGCUGAUGAGGUCUUAGAAAACAUCAGAAAAUUUAUGAAGAGGAGAGACCUUAUAAAUGGUCUUUUAACAUUCAAGGAUGUGGCUGUGGACUUCUCAGAGGAGGAAUGGGAAUAUCUUGACCCUGCUCAGAGGAGAUUGUACUUGAAUGUGAUGUUGGAGAAUUACAGAAAUCUAUUUUUUGUGGAGAAUCAUCACAUAUGUGAUAAAUAUGAGAAUUUUCAAGACACACAGCAUAUUGUUGAUGACCCUGUGAAUAUCCAUGAGAAGUCUUAUAAAUGUCAUAAGCUUGGCAAAAUCAUUCAUAAAUCUACUGAAUGUAUACCAUAUAAGACUAACCUUGGGGAUACAUCUAUUAAAUCAUCGCAACUGAACAUACAUGAAACUGGAAACACCAGAGAACCUUGCCAGUCUAAAAACUGUAUAAACUGUUUAAAUUUGUGUUCUGGCAUUAGUCUAAAUCAAGGAAUCCACAUAGGAAAGAAAAAAGACAAUGAUUCAGAAAUUGAUAAGGGUUUUCAUCCUAAACAAAAACUCAUGCUGAAACAAACCAAUAGUGGAAAGAAAUCUUACACAUGUAGUGAAUGUGCCAAAUGUUUCACCAAGAAAUGUGACCUUGGUAUUCAUCAGAGAAUUCAUGCAGGGGAGAAACCUUACAAGUGUAGUGAAUGUAUUAAAUCUUUUACCCAGAAAUGCAAUCUUAGAAGACAUCAGAGACUUCAUACCGGAGAGAAACCUUACAAAUGUAGUGAAUGUGACCAAUGCUUUACUCACCAAUGCAGUCUUAUUAUUCAUCAAAGAAUUCAUACAGGUGAGAAAGCUUACAAAUGUAGUGAAUGUGACAAAUGCUUUACCCACAAAAGUGACCUUAGAAGUCAUCAGAGAAUUCAUACAGGAGAGAAACCUUACAAAUGUAGUAAAUGUGACAAACAUUUUACCACCAAAGGUGAACUUAAAAGUCAUCAGAGAAUUCAUAUAGGAGAGAAACCUUACAAAUGUAGCGAAUGUGGGAAAUACUUUACCCAAAAGGGGAGUCUUGUUAUUCAUCAGAGAAUUCAUACAGGAGAGAAACCUUACAAGUGUAGUGAAUGUGACAAAUGCUUUACCCAAAAAUGCAGUCUUAUUUUUCAUCAGAGAAUUCAUACAGGAGAGAAUCCUCACAAAUGUAGUGAAUGUGACAAAUGCUUCACCCUCAAAAGUGAUCUUAGAGUUCAUCAAAGAAUUCACACAGGAGAGAAACCUUACAAAUGUAAUGAAUGUGACAUGUCUUUUAUCAAGAAAUCCAAUCUUAGAAGACAUCAGAGAAUUCAUACAGGAGAGAAACCUUACAAAUGUAAUGAAUGUGAAAAAUCCUUUACCCACAAAUGCAGUCUUAGUAUUCAUCAGAGAAGUCAUACAGGAGAAAGACCUUACAAGUGUAGUGAAUGUGACAAAUGCUUUACCAACAAAGGCUACCUUGUAAGUCAUCAGAGGAAUCAUACAGGAGAGAAACCUUACAAAUGUGAUGAAUGUGACAAAUGUUUUACCCACAAAUGCAGUCUUAGUAUUCAUCAGAGAUCUCAUACAGAAGAGAAACCUUACAUAUGUAGUGAAUGUGGAAAAUUCUUUAGCCAUAAAUAGUCUUCGUACUCAUCAGAGAAUGCAUACAGUAGAGAAAAUUUACAAAUGAAAUGAAUGAGACAAAUUCUAUACCAAGAAUAUAUCAGAGCUUACAUAUUGGAGA